CGCCGCGCAGCAAACAUGGCGGCCGCCCUGCGCGCGCUGGCGUCCGCAGCGAGGGUCGGCGCUGCCGUGAGCGGGCUCCGUGGAGUCUCCAGCCGAGGCCUGUGCAGCCAGCCGGCGUCCGUGAAUGAGCGCAUUGAGAGCAAGCGCCGCGCCGCGCUGCUGGGAGGAGGCCAGCACCGCAUAGACGCGCAGCAUAAGCGAGGAAAACUAACGGCCAGAGAACGAAUCAGUCUCUUAUUGGACCCUGGAAGUUUUGUUGAGAGCGACAUGUUUGUGGAACACAGAUGUGCAGAUUUUGGAAUGGCUGCUGAUAAGAAUAAGUUUCCUGGAGACAGUGUGGUCACUGGACGGGGCCGAAUUAAUGGAAGAUUGGUUUAUAUCUUCAGUCAGGAUUUCACAGUUUUUGGAGGUAGCCUAUCAGGAGCACAUGCUCAAAAAAUCUGUAAAAUCAUGGACCAAGCCAUGACUGUGGGGGCUCCUGUCAUUGGAUUGAAUGACUCUGGGGGAGCCCGGAUUCAAGAAGGAGUAGAGUCCUUGGCAGGCUAUGCAGACAUAUUUCUGAGAAAUGUCCUGGCCUCUGGAGUCAUCCCGCAGAUCUCUCUGAUCAUGGGCCCCUGUGCUGGCGGAGCUGUCUACUCCCCUGCCCUGACAGAUUUCACAUUCAUGGUAAAGGACACUUCCUACCUCUUUAUCACAGGCCCUGACGUGGUGAAGUCUGUCACUAACGAGAAUGUCACCCAGGAGGAACUUGGCGGUGCUAAGACCCACACUACCAUGUCAGGUGUGGCCCACAGAGCUUUUGAGAAUGACAUCGAUGCCUUGUGCAAUCUCCGGGAGUUUUUCAAUUACCUGCCACUCAGCAGCCAGGACUCAGCUCCCAUCCGCGAGUGCCAUGAUCCCAGUGAUCGUCUGGUUCCUGAACUUGACACCAUUGUCCCUCUGGAAUCUACCAAAGCCUAUGACAUGUUGGACAUUGUCCAUUCUGUUGUUGACGAGCGAGAAUUUUUCGAGAUUAUGCCCAAUUAUGCCAAGAACAUCAUUGUUGGUUUUGCAAGAAUGAGUGGGCGGACUGUUGGAAUUGUUGGCAACCAACCUAAGGUGGCUUCAGGAUGCUUGGACAUCAACUCCUCUGUGAAAGGGGCUCGCUUUGUCCGCUUCUGCGAUGCCUUCAACAUUCCUCUCAUCACAUUUGUCGAUGUUCCUGGCUUUCUGCCCGGCACAGCCCAGGAGUAUGGAGGCAUCAUUCGCCAUGGCGCCAAGCUUCUCUACGCGUUUGCUGAGGCAACUGUGCCCAAAGUCACCAUCAUCACCAGGAAGGCCUAUGGUGGAGCCUAUGAUGUCAUGAGCUCCAAGCACCUUUGUGGCGACACCAACUAUGCCUGGCCCACAGCAGAGAUUGCAGUCAUGGGAUCAAAGGGAGCUGUGGAGAUCAUCUUCAAAGGGCAUAAGAAUGUGGAAGCGGCCCAGGAGGAGUAUAUUGAGAAGUUUGCCAACCCUUUCCCUGCAGCAGUGAGAGGGUUUGUGGAUGACAUCAUACAACCUUCCUCCACGAGAGCCCGGAUCUGCUGUGACUUGGAUGUCUUGGCGAGCAAGAAAGUCCAACGUCCUUGGAGGAAACAUGCAAAUAUUCCUUUGUGAACAAAUCAAAGGGAAAUGUACCAGGGGCUAAUCAAUUCCGGGCCACUUGUACCCAGCUUUGUCUUUUGCAAUCAUGAAACUGAAGAAUCUGAAUACAGUAAUGAAUGCCU